UCUCUUCUCCGUUAAAAAGAAAAAAGAAAAAAAGAAAACAAAAAACAAAAUCCUCCCCAUUAAAACUCUUUCUCUCAUCAUCACCAUCAUCAUCAAUAAAACGCACAAACAAGACAAAGAGAGAGAGAGAGAGAGAAAGAGAGUGUAAGAGAGAAGGUAACGAAACACUGUUGAGGAAUUGCGGAGAUUUCGAUAAUGGAAAUGGCUCAGGUUGGAGUUCGUACUAGAGGUCGGACUUUAGCCUUGGCAGCCGCUGCCGCAGCUACUGGCACUGCAAGGAAGAGGAAAGUGAACAAUCAAGAGUUAAUGGUGUCAACAUCAUAUAUUGAACUUAGGAGUACUACUAGAAGACGCCUGGUGAUUACUCCUGAGAAUUCAGUUUCAGUUUCGCCGGAAGUGAAUUCCGGUCAUCGGACUGUUAUUCGGAAUAGUUGUUCCAGCCCUUGCUCGGAUCACGCGUCGACUUCUUGUUGUUCGAGUAAUGGAUCAAGUGAUCAGAGAAUUAAAAAUAAAUUUUCAGAUCUAGAGGCUGAAAGCGUCGAAGUAGAAACGUCAGUUUAUUAUAGCUGUAGAGAAAGGAGAGAGACCACGCCAUCGAGCCAGCUUCGACCUGAAUCAUCAGACGAACUGGAUUCCAUAGCUAGACCAUCACCGGAGGCAAAUACUCUCCGCAGAUCAACGGCCGAGAAGAUGCCAACGGAGUCUGAGCUUGACGAAUUCUUCACAGAAGCCGAGAAAAGUAUCCAAAAACAAUUUGCAGAAAAGUAUAACUACGAUAUUGUCAAGGACGAGCCCUUGGAAGGACGGUACGAGUGGGUGCGAUUAAAGCCAUAAAGGAAAAAAAAAUGGCUUCCUUCUUUGCGCUCAGUUAAUCUCCGAUAACUUUAUCUCCACUUUAGGUACUAUUGCUUCUAAUUUAAAUUUCUAGUUUCGUUAGGUCAUUUAUUUUCUCCUCCUCCUUCUCUUAAGUUGUGGUUUAAUGUACAGUUCUCUUUCUAUUUCUACUUCUAGUUUCUAUCUUUAUCAUUAUCAGUUAUUAGAAUUAUUAGAAGCUGAGGCUUCUGUUUGUUCUUUUGUAAGAGUCGGUCAUUUCUGCAAGUAAGAUAAAAUUUGCAGAAACUAUUGCAAAAUCCACCAGAUGAAGAGCAAACAGUUGAAUAACGAAAGUUAGCUUUCGAUUCUUAUUU